AUGCAGACUGUGCUGCGAGCCGCACUUGGUGUGCUAGCAGCCCUGGUGUUGUGGGUGGAUGCGGCUGUCAAUCUCGUCAUCCAUCCACUGACGGCACGCAGCGCAGCUGUCAGUGUCGCACUCGCCGGCUCGGGCACUGUCGUCGUUGCUACUGAGCCAGCACUCCGCUCAUCAUGCCAAGCGCGCGCAGGCUCAUCCUGGCAAUCUAUGCUGGUCAAGUCGGCGUUCUUGGUGCUGGCUGCGGUUGUGAUGCUCGACGAUCUCAAGGGUUUGCCGUGCGCCAGCCCGCGUACGGUACGCAACGAGACCAGUCGCACAGCUCCUGUGGGCCAGACCGACCAGUCGACACUCAAGACAUACGGCACGUCAGUCUACCUCGUGCGCUCGCUGGCGCCUCAGUGCGUUCAGUUCCUGGGUCCCAACUUGCAAGGCGUCCCCAGCAUGGCCUGGGUCAAUGUGUCGCCGCGCCAUACGAGUCGAGUGCUCAUGCUCGCCAGCGUCGCGAGCACGCUCACCGCAUCGCUUCUCUUUUGCCUCUUCGGUGUCGUACAACGGGUGCGAGGCGGUGCGGCUGUAACAGGCAAGGACACUCGCGACGACGAAGAAAUGGCAUCAAGUCCGAUGCGAGCACUCGAGGCUCAGACGGAUCGACCGGUGGACCUGCUGGGAGAGCUGCUGGCUGCGGACAAGCACAAUGCGCCGAGCAACUUUGGGUUGAUGCCCAACGGACGCACCUGCACACCGCGACUCAGCGCACCGGGUUCACGAUGCGACGAUGCCGCCUCCCACAUAAGCGGCGCUGGCUCGAGCGCCAUCCCCUCGGUGCGUGGCGAAGGUAGCACCUGCACGCCCGCGCUGCGUCAAAUCCCCUCGCAUCCAGACUCGCCUUCGUGUGUGCUCUUUGGUCGAUCUUCCGCACUUCCCGUGCCGCCACCUCUGGCGCACUCGGCGUUGAACUCGCCCGUGCUCGCGCGGGGAGACUCGCCCGGUCCGCACUAUGCACACGUGUACAGUGGCACGGUCGACUUUGCGUCGGGCUGCAUCAUGCACCAGCCCAUCUUUUCGCAGCGGAAGAAGAGAGGUUCGUCGCAGCAGGAUGCGUCGUUCCCGACCCUGCUGCCACCGGACUUUUCACGGCCCUCGUUCCACAGUCUGCCGGCUUUGUCGCCACGGAGGAAGGUAAAGAGCGUGCCCAGCGUCACGGACAAGAUGAACAGGCGGUCGGAGGCAAAGACGCGCCUUGCAUCGGCGAAAGCAGCCGAGGCAGCGACGAGCAGCAAGUACGAUGCGCGCGCUGCGCUAUCGCCUGCUGCUGACGACUCUGCCUCGCAACUGGCUCAGGUGGGCCAUUGCGAGCCGAAGGGCAAAGGCGUCAAGCCGACCAAGCACGACGUGGCGAAGCAUCAUCUGCGGCCUUUCCAGCACGAGCCAGCGCGGCUCAACACGGCCGACUCGAUGCGGUUCAUCGGAUCUGCGGCCGUGGCGGGGCGUGCACCCACGUCGCGGCCGGGAACGGGGGCGUCGGCGAGAUCCACCGGCUCACUGCGGCUGACAAGGCAGAGUCUGUUUGCGGCACUGGACGCGCGGCUGGGUACGCGCUCGAGAGUCGUCAGCCACGACGCAUCGUGCGGCGUAGCAUCGGCGUGCUCGUACGACUCGCAGGGCGGAUGCAGUGCGGGAACCUUUGGCGAUGGCGCUACCGACUCGCCCGCACCCUCGCCCAAGCUGCGCUUUCCACGCAUGCCCUCGCCUCGGAGCGCACCCGGUAACGGCGUGAAUACCUCGCCGGUUCAAUCGCCCUCCAUGUGUAUAGCGCGAGAUGCGACUUAA